AAAAAUUCGAGAUUGUCGCUAUCAACAGUCAAGACAACAACCAAUUCAACCGAGUGCAAUCAUCGAUCCUCCGUGAAAUAUCACGAUCUUGACACCUCCUGAGAUUGGCAAAUUCCUCAUAAAGUCGCUACGAUGCCGCGGAAACUCAAGUUUCAUGAGCAGAAGCUCCUUAAGAAGCACGACUUCAUCAACUACAAACAAGACAACAACCACCGAGACCAUGAUGUUGCCAGACGGUAUAUGAUACAGAAGCCAGAAGACUAUCACAAGUACAACAGGAUGUGUGGUUCCCUCCGGCAACUAGCACAUCGUCUCAGUCUCCUUCCCCCAGACAGCGAGGUCAGGAGGAAACACGAAACAUUGCUCCUAGACAAGCUCUACGACAUGGGCAUCCUUUCCUCCAAGUCAAAGCUCUCUCAGGUCGAGCACAACGUCACAGUGUCUGCCUUUGCGCGGCGGCGUUUACCCGUGGUCAUGACACGCCUGCGCAUGGCAGAAACCGUCCAGGCCGCCACAAAGCUCAUUGAGCAGGGGCAUGUCCGAGUCGGCGUGGAAGAAGUCCGGGACUCCGCCUUCCUUGUGACGCGGAGCAUGGAGGACUUCGUCACCUGGACCGUCGGCAGCAAGAUCAAGCAGAACAUCAUGAAGUACCGCGACAAGGUGGACGACUUUGAGCUUCUCUGAUAGGUCCUAUCUUGACCCGAAGCUCGAGCGGUUGCUUUUAGCGAAACCGCGACAAACCUCGCCGGGAUUGUGCUAUGGGCCUGGUCCAUAACCUCGGAAAAGAGGGCAGCGACCCCUCCGCGCGAUACCUAACGACGUACGGUUGAAGGAUUAUACUAUAAUCGAUGUAGCACACGGUCCCGCCGAGGUUAAGGUGCAAGGAAGGGUGGAUCCCACACGCCGUUGGCAUCUUUAACCCGGAUUUCCGAAGGCUGGCAUCAGGGGCCACGGAUUCCCCGGGUAGCCAUUAUGGAACGCUGGAGGGACUAGCCGUGGGCGCCCAGCGAGGCAUCGAUCGACCUUAGCCACAGUACAGGAUACGUAUGGUCGUGUGGAGUUAAUGUGUGGCCGGGCUUAUUCUGGGAGGAUUCUGGGAGGUAGUCAAGUUGAGAGCAUUGCAGCUUUGCAGUAACGUUGAUACAACACAAUU